AUGUUAGGGGGAUCAUCGACGUGUAUCACAAUGUAUCAAAUUAUUAUUACUAUUCAAUUUAUAUUUAAUUUUGUCUAUUCAACGAUUGAUUUUUAUAGCAAUUCCUAUUUAAUGACGGAAAUGAACAUUAGUACAACUGAACAAACAUUUAUUAUUACAAAUGGGUCAUAUAUCCGUUUAAAUAUUGGUGGAUUUUUCGAUUUAGAUCAAGAUUCUAUUCGUGAAUUACAAGCAGCACAAAUGGCAAUUGAUGAUGUCAAUGAAUCUGGUUUCAUAUCAAAUUAUAAACUUCAAUUAUUUAAAAACGAUACAAAAUGCAAUCCUGCUUAUGGAACAGAUGCAUUUUUUCAUGCAGUAUUUCGUCAACCUCAAUUAUUAUUUCUAAUUGGUACACAACAAUGGAAUGUUACAAAAUCAAUAGCUCAAGUUGCUGAAUAUUACAAUAUUAUAUUAUUUUCACAUUCUGUAUCAUUCAUUACACAAGCAAAAGAAUCGAAUAGUUCUUAUCCAAUGUUAGUUCGUUUAGCUAUUGCUGAUGAAUUACAUAAUAAUGGUAGAAUAGAAUUUUUAAAACGUCAUAACUGGUUUAAUGUAGCAAUAAUUCAUCAAGAUUCGAUAGCCCAUGCAUUAACUAUGGCUGAAUUAUCAAAACGUUUAAAUUCUUCGAAUAUUACUGUAAUUAUCAUGCAAAGUGUAUCAAUGUCAAAUUUAACCGAUGGUUUAAGAACAUUACAAGCAAAAAAAGCUCGUGUCAUUUUUGCUAGUUUUGAUGCUGAAUACAAAGCAACAUUUUUUUGUCAAAUUUAUCGAACAAUUGAUAAAUUAUUAAGAAAUCGUUAUGUUUGGAUAUUGACGGGUGAAGAUCAAUAUUGGUGGAAUAAAUUUACUUUAAAAGAAUCAAAUAUAUCGUGCACAAGAGAUCAAAUUCUUCAAACAGCAAAUGGUCAUUUUAUUAUUGAUAGUGUUCAUGAAACAUUGGAAAAUUCAACAACAACAAUUGCCAAUAUUGUAUGUAUUAUCGAUCCA